UUGAUCGCUGCUGCUUGUAUUGGCGGCGGGGCGGUGCUCAUAAUCGGCCGACCAGUGUAUGGAAGCUCCCUGGAGUUUCUCCGGAAAGACCUCAGCGUGUCUGCAGCACAGAUAGGCAACAAGAACUUGAAUGUCAACAACUUGGAUGUAACUUUUAUUACCGUCCCUCUUGGAGUCAUCCUUCUUAUAUUUGGAGUUAUUAUCGGAACAUUGUGUAUUCUCGGCAUUAUUGCAGCUUCUGGCCAGUUUUAUAAGUUUAUUAUCGUGUAUUUGGUGCUAUUAGCUUGUGUCUUCUUCGCACAAGUGGUUAUCUUAAUAUGUGUAUAUAUUGAUAGAGCGCCUUUUGACAGCACAGUUAAGCGACUGUUGAAAAGUUCCUUGUCGUCUUUCACUGACAUUAACGGAGAAGACAGUUUCACUCUUGGGUGGAACGCUGUCAUGUCCUACUUCAAGUGCUGUGGAGUAGACGGGUAUUUAGAUUUCAGCAUAGCCGGGUAUCCAAAGAGCGUCAUGCCUGGCCCACAUGUGGCCGUUACGCCUCAGAUCUGCUGUAUUGACAAAACCGUUGGUGACUGCGUAGAACAAGCAAAAUACGCUACCAAAACCUACUACAAGUAUGGCUGCUACGAACACAUCUGGGACUAUGUCACUUCUGAGACGGGACUGAUUAUAUUUGGCGUUUAUUUUAUUAUGCUUCUUGAAUAUCUCUGUCUCUUCUUUGCUUUGUGGUUGAUUUGCUUGCGACGAAGCAUGGGCAUCAGCAAAGUAAGCGACUAUCAAUAG